GCGUCCCUUCUCUGUGCUGUACUGGUCUUGGAGCAGCACUACCGCUGCAGGAGGCACAAGGCACGCUUGAGGUCUCUUAACACUCCUUAGCUCUACAUCAGGCCUAGCAGCUCGUGAAACAGCUCACGAGGGCAAGGACUAAUUUCAGUAAACCUGUCCAUGUAAUGGCUCCCUAGGAUAGACAGAAGAAGACAAAGAUAAAGAGAGCAAAGAAACAAGGAAAAGGUUUAGGGAGGAAUGCAAGGAUGGGGACAGGAACUGUGCUAGGAAUAGGGGCCCAAGUGUCUUUCAACUUGCUCAGCCAAGGAAUAAGAUGUGUUAAGCUGACACCAAUGUUUGUGAUAUUAGCAAUUGUAGUAUUGACUGUGUCUCCAGUGACAGAAUCGGCCAAUGUGAAAUUACCAUCAGGUGGCGUUGAUCUUUUAGAAAGUGUGGACAUAAAUCGGUUUACAUGGGCCGAAGAUGAAUUUGAUGAAAUUACAGUAGAGAAUGUAACAGGAAUUUGUUGGGAUCGACCUCAGAAAGGCGGAACAAUUGAAGAUGACUGGGGAUGGCGAAUUGGACCAGACUCACAGCUCAACACGCAGAUACAAAAAGUCUUCCCAUAUGGAUUUCCCGCUGACUUUUCCAUCAUUGCAACAUUCAGAGCCGAUGAAGGCGUUCAGGGCAAGCUAUUUACUAUAUACAGUGACAAGGAGGCCCAGGAACUCAUGUCACUGUCGGUUGGAGAUGAGGUCAAAUUUACGUUUACUGACAAAAAGGGCAGGCCAGGACCCGAUGCAUCACCCAUUUUAAAUAUGACGCUAAAUGAUGGAUUUUGGCAGCGAGUAUCAAUCAGUGUGAAAGGAGAUGCUCUGACAGUGCUUCACAACUGUGUACAACUAGAUACCAUUCCACUCAAGAGAACCCUACCUGCAGAAUUUGCAUCCAAUGGAGUCAUAUUUGUUGGACAUCAGCUAUUUGAAGAAGAAAUAUUUACAGGAGACCUCCAGGACCUGAUCUUUGUGCCUGGAGCGGAGGCUGCGUACGACCACUGCACGUAUUACACCCCAGAGUGCGACAGGCCCUUCAAGUCGAAGAAGAAGAAGGGCAAGAAGGCAUCCUCUAACGCCAAAAAUUCAACUGUCGUGAAACCCGACCAGACUUCUAUUGCAACAGGACAGCUACCUGGACUGAGAGUGGAUUUUGGAUCAGCUGAUCUCGAGGAGGUCGCCUACAGAUUUGGCCCCCCUGGACCUCGAGGACAACGAGGACCCAAUGGUGCCCCAGGUGUCACUGGAGACCCCGGUCUGUCUGGACGUGAUGGUAUUCCUGGAUCUAAUGGCGUUCCUGGGCCUCCAGGGCAUGUCUUUGUCAUUCCAAUGCAGUAUGAUCAGAAAGCAGGAGGGGACCAAGCUCAAGCAUUCAGGACCAUGCUCGCUCAACAUAUGCUGGCCAUGAGGGGAGCAUCAGGACCCCAGGGUAUGAGCGGUCUCACCGGACGUGCGGGUCCACCCGGUAUGGAGGGAGAGAAGGGAGACCCUGGCAACCCCGGAGAACAGGGUCCAGUGGGAUCUCACGGUAUGCCUGGCAUGCCAGGUCCUCAGGGAAAGAGGGGCAAAUCUGGCCGGGAUGGUGAGAGAGGCAUGAUGGGACCACCAGGAGAUAAGGGUUUGACUGGCUUCCCCGGAAUCCCCGGCAUGCCUGGAGAGAAGGGACAUCGCGGUAUCCCUGGCAACUCCGGAGAGAUUGGACCAAUGGGCAGUGAUGGCGACCGGGGAGAUCCUGGCGAGCCAGGACUGGUCGGAGCACAGGGAGAUCUGGGACCACGUGGAUUCAUGGGACCAAGAGGCCGUCCAGGACCAGUUGGUCCCCCUGGUAUGCCAGGGUCGGAGGGCUCAAUGGGAUUCAAGGGAGACAGGGGAUCCAUCGGUGCCCCAGGAGCCCCUGGCAACUCUGGACCCACAGGACCAACAGGUCCCCCAGGUCCUCCUGGACGACAUGGUCCUUCUGGCAUCAUGGGCGCCACUGGAAAGCCUGGACUCCCUGGUCUGCCUGGCGCCAUGGGACCACCGGGUAUGAACGGCGAUAAUGGUGAAUCAGGACCCAAGGGUGAUGGUGGUCCUCGUGGACCAAUGGGCGUGAUUGGCUACCCUGGACCCCGUGGGGUGAAGGGAGACUCUGGACCCAGAGGACCUAUUGGUGACACUGGACCCAAGGGAACUCCUGGUCUCGAUGGAAUGAAAGGCGGCAUGGGUAACAAGGGUGACAAAGGCAACUUCGGCAUCCGUGGACCCAUCGGUAUCGAGGGUAUUGAUGGCACCAAGGGAGACUCUGGUCCACCUGGUGAGGUCGGCCCAGUUGGAAUGGGCGGAGAAAAGGGUAGGAUUGGAAUUCCUGGUUUCCCUGGAUACCCAGGACCCCCUGGAGAGAAGGGCGAACGUGGCCGGAAUGGUCGUCGUGGAAGGAGAGGAGCUCGUGGGAAGUUGGGAGUACACGGACCCCCAGGGGAGAGAGGCGAACAUGGACCCAGGGGUCAGCAAGGCGAGCGAGGAAAGCAGGGCAUCCCCGGCCCACUGGGCCCCAAGGGUGAUACCGGAGCUCCCGGGCCCCCAGGCUUCCAGGGAGAACAGGGAAUACAGGGACAGCCCGGACCAACUGGGCUCAUGGGACCUCCCGGAUCAAGCGGUCUCCCAGGAAAGGAUGGUAUGCCUGGCUUCAAUGGUGACCGUGGUGAACCUGGUCUGCCAGGAUCCCCCGGCCAACCUGGACCAAUCGGCGUCAUGGGACCUCCUGGAGCUCCAGGAGAGCCCGGCACUGAGGGCGAGCGAGGAUCCCCUGGUAACCCUGGUCCACCUGGUGAUACUGGUCUGCCUGGCGCUGGAGGAAAGCCUGGAGGAGAGGGUCCGGCUGGACCACGUGGUGAGGCUGGACCCCCUGGACCCCCCGGACACGGAGGUUUCCCCGGAGAGAGAGGAUUCCCUGGACCUGCUGGCGAGAGUGGUAUUCCUGGUACAGGUGGCCCAGUUGGACCUCAAGGACCUCACGGAGAGAAGGGUUCCCAGGGAGAGCCAGGCCCGGCAGGAUCGACAGGCAUCAGGGGCCGUAUUGGCAUGCCCGGCCCACUUGGCAAGAGAGGGUUGAAGGGAGAUAUGGGCCAAGAGGGCAUUCCUGGUCAAUCUGGAGUCCAGGGACCGCAGGGACCAAGGGGCUACAGAGGACCAUCUGGACCUGUGGGUGCCCCAGGCUUGGAGGGAGAUAAGGGAGAUCCUGGCCCCCCAGGAGAGAGAGGAUUCAAGGGUGAUGAUGGACCAUUUGGGCCACCUGGACCACAAGGACCUCAGGGACCACAGGGUGCAGCGGGUCCACCAGGCCCCUAUGGAGAACAUGGACUGCGAGGUGUGCAGGGAGUGCGAGGCAAGAAGGGUUCCGAGGGCCCCAGAGGUUUGUUGGGACCCACAGGUCUCCCAGGUAUUCAGGGCAUGCCUGGCCCCCCAGGACCCAAGGGAGAGUCUGGCGAUCGUGGAUCUAUGGGACCACCUGGAGCUCCAGGACCAAUGGGAAUUCCUGGCUCCCCCGGAACACCAGGCACCCCCGGAGUGACAGGCAUCCCUGGCCCCGAGGGAGCCAUGGGACCUAAAGGAGAUCAGGGUGACCGAGGCACGCCCGGUAUUCCCGGAAUCGAUGGAAUAGCACAGGGAGGACCAGGAGGGCCUGGUGCUAAGGGAGAUGAUGGACGAAUUGGUUUGCAAGGAGACCCCGGCCCUCGGGGAGAGCGUGGUCCUGAGGGAGACAAGGGAGAAGUGGGUCUGCCUGGUCAGACUGGCCCACCUGGAGAUGCAGGCGAGUCUGGACAGAAGGGAGAGGCCGGCACACCAGGAACUGAUGGAGAGCCAGGACCACCAGGAGUCAUGGGACCACCUGGACCUCAAGGUGAACCUGGUCUGCCGGGACGAUCCGGGAAACAGGGUGAGAUGGGUAUUCCCGGAGUGCAGGGCAGCAGCGGUGGCCCUGGUGAGAAGGGAGAUCGUGGUUUGAGAGGACCCCCUGGACAGAGAGGAGCACCUGGACCACCUGGUCCUAGUGGAGCUAGUGGACCAGUUGGACCUGUUGGACAGCCUGGACCUGUGGGUGAACCAGGAGCUUCUGGACCCCCUGGUAUUUCCGGAGACCAAGGAGCUAUUGGGCCAAUUGGACCUGCAGGCCCUAAGGGAAACAGAGGCGUAAAGGGAGUGAAGGGUCACCGUGGUCCAAUGGGACUGAUGGGAAUGGAUGGAGAGCCUGGCCCCAAGGGAGAGCCUGGCCCACGUGGAGUUGAGGGUACCAAGGGAGAGAAGGGCGACACGGGCCCUGAGGGAGGUGCUGGACCUCAAGGUAUUGACGGAACUCCCGGUAUGCCUGGUCCCACCGGCCCCCCUGGACCCAAAGGAGAGGCUGGUAUGACAGGACCCAAGGGAGAUAUCGGAGGACUGGGCGCCCCAGGACCCCCUGGUCCCCCCGGUGAUGCUGGUUCCCUGCCCCUGGCUGACAUGGUACCCCCACAAUCCUCAAAACGCAGGAGGAGAAGGAGGAGGAGGAGGCGACGAUCUGUGGACGACAUGGACAUCCAGAAUGACGUCCAGUCAGCAUUCAACCGCCUCCAGAAGAAGCAUUCGACCAUCAGGGCGCCAACCGACGAGAUCGAAAUGAAGCAUGUGAUGAAGGAACUUGUGUCGAUCGUCUUCAAGCAUAUCGACGGUCUUCAGGAGGAGGUACACAACAUCAAGUACCCACGGGGAACACGCGAAAACCCAGCCACUUCCUGCCGGGAGAUUAUGCUCGGGCAUCCUAACUUCAAGAAUGGUUGGUACUGGAUUGAUCCCAACCUGGGAUCUGUGGAUGAUGCCCUUCAAGUUUGGUGCAACCUGACAGACAAAGGACAGACCUGCAUUCACCCAACAUCUCGCACCAAGAUGAGCACCGAGCAGUACUGGGAGAGAGACCCUGCCAGUCCCCACAAGUGGUACCAUGAGAUGGAUGGGGCACACAAGAUCCGCUACGGCAACCCCGGCUCCCGCAUCCAGAUGUCGCUGUUGAGGCUGCUGAGUGAGGAGGCCAGCCAACAGUUCACCUACUACUGCUCCGGCUCCGUGGGCUGGUAUGAUCAGGCCAACCAAGGCUUCGAGAACGCCCUCACGCUUCUAGGGGAGAAUGACUUUGAAUUUGAUUAUCAUGAGAAGAAGUGGAUAGAGGUUCUACACGAUGGUUGCAGUGACCGAAGACAGAACGGCUUCACAGUAAUCUCUGUCCGUACACGCAAGGUGAACCGUCUGCCCAUUGUCAGUUUCAUGCCGCAGGACUACGGAAACCCAUGGCAAAAGUUCGGCUUUGAGGCAGGGCCCGUCUGCUUCCACUGACACUAAUGCACAAGGCUAUGCACAGUGCUAAAAACAAUUUCUUGCCAAGAGAAAUUUGUGAUAAAUAUUUUGUCAAUCAUUUUCUACUCCGUCCAAGUAAUAGGGCUUUCUGCAAGUACAAAACAUUGAUUUCGUUACACAUAUUGUAGUAUUAUCAUUGAAAUAUAGUGCUUUAAGACUCUGGGAGUUCCUUCACAUACCACAUUACAAACUACCAAGCAUGCUGUCAGCUUCAUUCUUAUCAUUUGGAAUAAAUUCAUCACAAAUACCAAAGAAUAUUCCUAAACAACCCAAGGUAGUCGAAGUCCUCAUUGUAGUUGGAUAGUUCUGUCCAUAAUUCAAACAGAAUCUUUAUACCUUUCACAACAACGGGACCAUAACAGAUCAGUCGUAUACAUAUGAUAUUUAUCCAAAACCUUGACUUUCGAAAUUUUUGAAAUCAAGGGGAAAAAUAUUUCGAAUAGGACUGGUUUUAGAACAUUGUAGACAACCUGCUGCCAAACUGACCAGUGAGAAUACCCCGAGUUGUGUGAAGCCUAGGACAGUGUGAUCUACAGUGUCGAGAAUGUUGCUAGUUUAUGUCAGGAGAUACAGUGGCGACACUGUCAUUCUCAUGGGAUCAGCAUAUCACUGCCAAAAAUGUAGAAUUAAUUCUUGAAAUAAACAUAAUUUUGGGACAUUG